AUGCUGUCAACAUUGCAAUUAUGGACAGCCCUUGGGCUGCUAAUAACCUGGGUAGAGGCUUCUCAAGACCAUGUCCAUGAUCCAGCCAAAAGCAGUUCGGCUCCUUGUACAUCUGAGCAGAUGGAUCCCUCUUCAAUCUAUUACAGUGAUACCACAAUCGAAAGCACAACUACAGUUCACGUACCACCGCCGACGAAUACCUCGACAACUAUCACGACUGUAUGCUUUAACGAAACAGUGACCUCGACCAUCUUCCUGUCGAUCAUCUCGACAGAUUGGUCAACUACUACAUGCACCGAGACUGAGACUGAGACUGAGACUUCAACGACUACGGACACCACUACAGAUACUAUUGUUCUCACAAAGACGGACACAACCACUGAUACGACUACGAUUACGGUGCCAACGACCAUCACAGAAGCCCCGAAUCCAUGUCCGACUACAUGCAGCAUGUCCGCUGGGACUGUGAACUUGUUCUACUGGCCAACGAACCAGCCUCAGCACAUCUACCCAUCCACUUAUGUCAAUUCGCAUCUGAACUACACAUUUACCUCGCCAUCGGUUUAUAUGGUCGUCGACACCCUCUAUGGAUACAACACUGCAGGUCGCGCUGGACCAUCCGGUACCAGCGUAGUAUUCCCCUUGGACCUGGAUCAAGUCUCGACCAUCGAUCUCACCAACUCAGCUACCCGCCAGCUCACACUAAACGAUCUCGGUACAGAUUGCCCUCAGACGGAGGCUCCCUCGGCGAUUGCAACAGCGAAACCUAAUGGCCGCUGCGACCCUAUCCUCGUAGCCCCCGAGCCCGUCAAGUCUUGGGCUUCGCCUUGCAAUGCAUGUGGUAAUUUCGGCCUGUUUGAUCCUCCCUACGCCGUCUCCCCGCUUACUGGUGGCCUGGUGCCGGUGACGACGACUGUUGCAAUGACACAGCCAGAGACGCAGACUACUCCUAGUGCGAUAUCGGUUGAUACCACCGCUACACCUGUGGAAACGAGUACAAUGGCAGUUUCUACAGAGGCUACCUCUUCUCAGGUUGAGAGCUCUUCCUCGAGUGUGAUGUCGAGCCCAGUCUCUUCUAGCUCUGUUCCGGUUACUACCGGAUCGGCUUCUUCCAGCUCCGUUUCCAGUCCGGCUACCACUACUGCGACAUUCAAUCCUGCAUCAAAAUUGUCAGGGCCUGGUGGAUUGCUGGGUUUGAGUUUGAUGGCAGUGGCAUGCUUAAUGUAA